UGCAGGACGCGGGAGGGCCCCGUCAGACCGGUAAGUUCGUGUGGACGGCCGGUGAGCUUAACUGAAGGGCAGGCGGUUGUGUUCGAGGGGUCGCUGAGACAACGAGAUUUCCAGCAUCUUGCAAUGCACGAGUGAAACCAUACUAUACCGCGUAAAUUGUGGUAGCUGGCAUUGUGGCUUGGAGGGACUGGGUUCUGUCCUCAGCAUUUAUAAAUCUCUAUUUAUAUUUUACGUUAUUGCGUAAAAUAAUCAACGUGCCAUUAGUGUAAUGUGCCAAGUUAGUGUGUGAAAUACGUAAGUAGUGGAAUCAACACAUAUCAGAUACGAUUCAAGCCAUAUGAAACAGAGGAGUGGAAUCUCUUUAUCUUUUCAGAUUUUCAAUCAGAGCUGCAACGAAGGGAAGCCAUUUAUUCUAUAAAAUGUUAUUUGUACCUCCGUCAUUGUUUUAUCGAUUCCUCUCCAUUCAUUUUUGUAUGUUACAUUUUGUUAUAGAGCAGUAAAUUAAAUGCUAGUUGUAAAGGCAAGCAUGCUAAAGUUCUUGAGUCUGUGCUAUUUCUGUGUCGAGUUCCAAUGACAAGAAGAGGAGAGAUAUAUACACCGGCCGGCUGUGUUGCCACAGCAUCUUCGCAUUGGAGCGAGUGUUAACAGAGUAAUUGACAUUCCCCCAUGAGGUUCUAUGAACUCAGGUAUAAUAGGCCCGCGUUUUGUGUUGGUUUACCCCGUAGAUCGUUGUAGCGUCGUCAUUUUCGUGUACAUAGUUGUUGAAUGGAAUCAUACCACGUGUGCUGGCGUAAUAAGUGUGAUACAAGUUGGAAUUAUAAGGAAACGGAGAACAUUAGAAGUGAAUCAUAGCGGCGUUUGACUGGAACUGAGUGAUGUGUGUCAUUCCAGUUUGAACUACAGUGUGCACUACAUCUUUGUGUUGUUGCUAUGCCGUCCAAGAAGCAGUACAAUCUUGUUCAAAACGAUGAUUAUGAUACACGGAUACCACUGCACUCAGAGGAGGCCUUCCAGCAUGGAAUCACCUUCCAGGCAAAGUACGUCGGGACGCUUGACGUACCGAGGCCCACCAGCCGCGUCGAGAUCGUCGCUGCCAUGCGCCGUAUACGGUACGAAUUUAAGGCGAAAGGAAUCAAGAAGAAGAAAGUGACAGUGGAAGUGUCCGUGGACGGUGUCAGAGUGACUCUGAGGAAGAAGAGAAAGAAAAAGCAAUGGAUGGACGAAAAUAGCCUGCUGCUUAUGCAACACCCGAUAUACAGGAUAUUCUACGUGUCCCACGACUCGCAGGACCUGAAGAUCUUCAGUUACAUCGCACGAGAUGGCGCCAGCAACGUCUUCAAGUGCAACGUCUUCAAGUCCAACAAGAAGAGCCAGGCGAUGCGGAUAGUCCGAACGGUGGGCCAGGCGUUCGAAGUGUGCCACAAGUUGUCCAUCAACGCACCAACGCCAGAGGACGAGGAUCGAGAAGGAGAAGGUGCCGGUAGUGAGCGUGAGAGCGAGUCUGUGAGCGAGAAGCCAAGAAAAGACACGAUUUCCGACCCUAUGAGCUGUGACACCCUGCCUGCAGAAGACACGGCCUCUCUCCACGACGCGCAGUCUGACACCCAGCAGCCAUCACAGAAACAAGCGCAGCCCUCAGAGGGGCCCCAGCAGGCGCAACGCCCCCUCAGGCUCGACAUCCUGCCGCCCCCGCCCAACACAAACCCCAUGAGAAGAUCGCCCUUGAGCGGUGGUGAGACGUAUAGCUCACCACUGAGUGACCCACUCAGAGUCAGUGCGGAACCACUUCUAGCAGCAGGGACGCCACUGAGCACACACCACGAACUUCAACUGUUACGGGAGCAGCUGGAGCAGCAGGCGCAGCAGACACAGGCCGCUGUGGCGCAAGUUCACCUGCUGCGUGACCAACUGGCGGCGGAGACGGCAGCCAGGCUCGAGGCACAGGCACGGACACAUCAGUUGCUGGUGCAUAAUAAGGAACUGCUCGACCACAUCGCGGCACUAGUAGCUCACCUGCAGGAGCUUGAGAGGCUCCAGCAGCGCCCUCAGCAGGUCAGCAACAACCAGAGUCAGGGUCAGCAGCAGCAAGUGACCAUGAUACCUCAGUUGGCAAUACUGUGUGACCCUCAGACCCCUGCAGUGGCCCCUGUCUUCCUGCCUGACUUCCAAGAAACAGACCCUCUCCAGCAGCAGCUGCAGGUGUCUCCACAGCAUCAGCAGCCUCAAACCUCUUCGCUGAUUGAGAACCGCAGUACCGCAACAGCCUUCCUGCCAGGAUCGCCACAGCGGCAACAUUCCCUGUUGCAGCAUCAGAACUCAUCUCCUGGCAUCUUUACUUUGAGCUUUCCAUCCACAACAACAACAUGCACCCCAGAACAACAGUUCCAGCAACAGCUGCUCCAAAGGCUUCAGUGCCUGAGUGGUAGCUACACAAACCAAGUGCGACCAUCUCAACAGCAGCAGUUUUCUUUGGUGUCCCCAGCUGGUGUAUAUCAGCAGCCUGGGUUGGCAGGACUGUAUGCACCACAGCAACAGACUCAGGUCUCUCCCACCCAGUUGAGUUACCGUGUGUCCCAAACCCCGUCCUACACCAGCUCACCAGUGCUGUCCCAACGCCCACGGCAGGCACCGCUUCAAUCUGACACUCAAGCCACUGGUGAGGAAGAGCGUACACAGUUCAUCCGGCCCUUAUCGCACAGCGGUUCUGACAGCGGAGGUAGAGCUGAAGAGGCGCCAAGGCUAGAGCCACCACCACCUGGCCCCAAUAAGCGCCAGCAGCAGAAUCAAGAUAGUGGAUCAGCUGAGAUCAGCAAAAAGGAACAGAACCAGUUAGCAUCGGCUUUGUCAUCAAUGGUCUCUCUUAGGGUCUCUGGCAGUGAGGAAAGUGCAGCGAGUAGGCGGGGUGGGUUGGCCAAUGGACCUCCGUUCAUAACCCGGUCUACCAGCGAAAAGGUGCCAAACCGCAGUGAGCUCAUGUCACACGUACAAAGGACGGCUUGGGCCAGGCACACAACAAAGUGACACUACAGUGCUGUCCAGCUCAGUGUUGACAAGAGUGAGGUCAUUAUACGGGUGUAUUUCGUUACAGCUACGUCCUACAGAAUCACUUAAUCCAAGGAAGUGUGUGAGAAAGCCAGUGAAUAAAGUUGCUUGCUCCUGUCAGCAGUCUUCAUCGUCCCUCGGUUUGAGAACAUGUAGUUGGAGCAAGUGUGUAUUGUAGGGGCAGCCAGUUGAUUCCAAUUUAUUUUCUUGUUUCUACAGAUGUGUUGAUAGUUUUUGUAUUAUAUUUGUUAUUUCAUGAAAUUUGAUUUGAAUGACACACUAUUACUUAUUGUCCAUCAAGAACCACCACAUUUGGAAGGUAUAAAGAAAUAUGUAGUUGUUAUUGUGGUCUCCAAUGACAUGAUCUCAAUUCUGAGUCCCAUAAAAUUAAGCAGUUUUAUUCACACGUUAUUCCAGUAGGACCCACACAUAACCCUAUAGUUUUGUUAUCUGAAAUUAACCUACAAAUCUGAAGGUGUACAGUAGAAACAUAUCAUUGAAUGUAAAUUCUUAACGGAACUUCGUCCAGAUGUUUGCAGGGAUCUGUGUUACAGCACACUGAUAAAGCAAUUACAUUUUGAAAUUAUCUUGAUGAGUUUUGUCCCUUUGACAUCCUGAACCCACAGUUGUGCUCACUGGAAUAUUUAAAAUAAUGAACAAGAAAGAAAAGGAGUGUAAGUAGAGAAUGAGAUGUAGAAGUGAGGAAAGGUAUAGAAGGAGGUGAAGAAAAGAGGAAAUUAAGAACAAGAUGGGGGAGGCUUAAAAUGGAAUGAAGGUGGGUGGCGAGAAGAAUAAAAAAACAGGAUGUAGAAUGUGAGGAAGGAAAGUUGAAGAAGAGAGAAUGGAGAAGAAAUGAAAAUAAUUAGGGAGAAGAUGACCGAGGAGGAGGGAGGGAAUUGUAGGAUGAAAGGAAGGAGAAUGAAUAGUACAUGAUGAUGUAGAAAGUAGAUCAGUAGGAGAAGAAAAUGACGAAGAAGAGCAUAAAUAACAAAAUUUUUUACUUCUCCUUGCUAAAUGUUGGCUUCAUCACAGUGACUUGAGCCUGAGAAGGCUACACAUCCAAGAGAAUUAUGAUGAAUUACUGUCAGCCCCUUCACCUGUGUUACCAAUCACUUGCUUAUGUCCGACAUUAAUUUCACCAUGAGCGCAAGUGACAUGAACUUCGUCUGCGUUAUAACCAGUCAGGACCGAGUAAAGUUUCAGUGCAGACGUGUAACUCUUUCUUAAGUGAAUUAAUGACUGCACACGGGUGUGGCGGCAGUAACAAGUCUGUUACUGUGCUGGUACAGCGAAUUGCCUUAUGAACUCAGUUGUCAGUGCGAUGCUUCCAACACUGCACCUUGCUUGGAGAGCUAACUGUGCGAGCAGGGGAUGAGAUGGGAUGAUGGAGAAUAGGAAGAUGUGUGUGGAGAAUAACAGGGGAGUAUAUGGAGAUGAAGACAUGGGAGGGACAGAGUGUGCUGGUGGAAGUAGCAGCUGGAGAUGGAGACGUGGAAAUGGAAAUAAGUAUUGCAGUAAGAGAAAUGACAAACAAGAAAGCAAAAUGGUGGAGGUGAAAUGAUGGUAAGAUAUAGGAGGACGGAGAACAAGAAUACAUGGGGGUAGGAGGAUGGAGAACAAGAAUACAUGGGGGUGGGAGGAUGGAGAACAAGAAUAAAUGGGGGUAGGAGGAUGGAGGACAAGAAUACAUGCAGGUGGGAAGACAGAGAAGAAGAAUGCAAGAAGGGUAGGAAGAUGGAGCAGGAGGAUGAGGUACAGAAUGAGAAUGUGUACAGAUGGGGAACAAGAUGUGAAGAGAGAACAGUGACGUAGAAGAAGACAAAAUGAGGAGAUGAAACAGUUGGCAGUACAGGAUGAAUUGUGCAAAUGGAACAUGGUUAUUCUGUGUUUAAGCAAGUUGGAACGCAGUUGCUGUGGGGCUGCUACUGUAAAAUGGAAAGUUUGCUGGUCCUUGGAUGAUGAUUUUUAAAGACUGCUAUAUCAGCUGCCUGGCCAGAUAAGAGUGCCCCAAAGAAUGUUCCAUGUCACGAUUUGUUAAGGGCAGUAAUCCUGUGUGUACAUGGGUUUCUAUUAAAAUUAUUAUGCUGUAAUAACAAGACCAGUGAAGGUUGACUGAGGCACUGCCCAUUCAAAUUUGAUCAUAAGUACAUUUUCAGCUCUAACUCUGAAUAAGCAGUCAGUGUACUGCGAAGUGGCACUGGAUCAUGGUUUUCUUCAGUUUUCCCCUGUUAAUCAUUAUUCCUCCAUUGCUCUAUACUUGUCUAGCACUGUUCCCCAAUGAGUGCGAUAGCACUGGCCCAGCACUUGCCUGCUUACAGAAUGAGGGCAUUUUUUUCAUUAUGAAAGAUUUGCCAGAACAGAAAGUUAAGUUUUAAGUUAUAGGAUGUCUGUUAGGAAAAUGUUUUUUUAACUUAACCUAGUGUGUUUCCAUGACAACAUAUCUGUUUUUUAAAUUGUUCAGGGCGACUUUUAUUGGGUGUUAAUUGUGGUUUUGAUUUGUACCCUUUCCUACCCAUAGUUCAUAUAAAGGUAGUAGUGAAACUGUU